AUGGAUCUGCUGAGCAGGACAGACCCCAGCAAAGUGAACCUGGAUGAGCCUAAAGCUGACCAAAUUCUCAGCCUCACCAACAAUAUGCUGCUACUCAUCCACUCCCAGACCCCCAUUACCAAGAGACUCAUCAAGAGCUAUUCUACAGAGGUGUCCCUGGACCCAGAGACAGCGCACCCCAAGCUGGUCAUCUCCCUGCGCGGUGACAGUGCCACCUACACAGACACCUGGCAGGAACUACCAGAGCUCCCAGGACGCUUUGACACCACCCUCAACGUGAUCAGCUUGCAGGGCUUCAGCUCCGGGCGUCACUACUGGGAGAUAGAUGUGGCUGGGAAGACUUACUGGGAGCUGGGCCUCACCUACCCCACCAUCUCCCGCAAGGGCCGGGCCGAGAACUGCUGGCUGGGCCGCGGCUCUGACUCCUGGGCCAUGGAAUUCUUUGACGGGGAGUACACAGCCUGGCACGGUGGGGUGCCCCACCAGCUGCCUGUCACGAAACACUUAAGCCGUAUUGGGGUCCUGUGUAGUUUCCCAGCGGGCCUUGUGUCUUUCCUGGGGGCGGACAGCAUGACCCCUCUGUUCUCGUUUUGUGUGGGGGCGUUCAAGGACUGUCUCCACCUGGCAUUGUGCCCAGGUCACGACCACAACGGUACGAACGCCAAACCCAUUUUGAUCUGUAACGCACCUCCAACUCCUAGUUCUUUCCAGAAUGCCCAAGAAUGCUGACUCUGCUCCUUAUGAUACUCAAAGGGAAUGAUUCCCUUUUUAAGCAAUUUUAUCUCAACACGUAUUCUGACCUUGAAUUUAGGCAUGAGAAUAGCACACUAUUCACCCGCUUUUCUUUUGGGGUGGAUAUCUAAUAUCUAAUGAAGGUGUGGCAGAGGUGUCUACAGAUUCGCCGUAUUCUGACCUCGACUUAAUGCCCUAAUAAUUCAGCCACCUUUAUGCAAGAGGAAAAAGUAUCAACUUAAUAUUUUCCAAUAGAAAUAACACCAUUCUCCAUUUGGUGUAAUUCACAAUUUCAUGAGAGCUAUUGAUAAAAGCUAGGUAAAUUAGUAAUCCAUUUGGAUAAGGGGAUUGUAAAUAUUAAUGAUACUUGUUUUAGAUAUAUUUUAUCUUAUAAUCACUGGAGACAAUUGUGAAACCAGUCAUAUGGCAGCAAAUUUAAGCAUAUCGACAUAUCAACUUUCUCACAGUAAAGAUUCUGAAAUGCAUUAUGCAGAAUUUUAAUUGUACAUCCUUUUAACUUGCAGGGAUGGGCCCUCUUGAAUAUCUUAAUUAUAGGC